AUGAAGAGUGUUAUAUACAUGGUCGCCUUACUGGCGCUAGCUCAGGCCGCUCCUGCUCCCGAACCCGCGGCGCAGCCCGAGGCGAACCCCGCGCCCGCCGACGACAACCGACCAGAGAUCAUUGAAAUCAUCGCACCAGCGGCCAGCGCACAGGAGACUCUCUCGACCCUCAACCUCGGCGCUCCCGGGUCUGAGCUGAGUGAACGCAACAAGCGAACGAUCGGCAUCCUCAGACAACUGUUCCCAUCAUUGACUCAGAAUGCCAUCGUUGAAGAAAACCAGCUGCUCUCCGGGGCCGAGUCCCAGCAGGCCGAGGUUCGAGUCGCUUUCGGAGACAACCAAGCGGCCCCCAGCGACGACCAGCAGACCGCGGCGCAGACCAACUCGGCCACCAUCGAUGAGAUUUCUCUAGAUGAUGCUGACGACAGCGAAGAAAAUAGAAAUAAAAGAUUCCUUAACUUUGGAGGUUCGAGUUCAUCAGGAGGAGGCGGCUCCGGCAACUUCUUAUUUGACAUCGUGAGACUGGUGGCCGGGUCAUCGUCUAGUGGGUCGUCAGGGGACGCGGGCGCCGCGGAAGGAGAGGACGCUGGCGCCGGUAAAGGAGACAACCUGACGGAGGGCGUCCCCGGACCCAUCACGAGGCUGUUCAUCAUCGCCAACCGAGGCAUCGCCAACCUCAUCCAGGACCUCAUCCUCCGCAUCGCGCAGACCUCCGAGAGGAUAGUCAACUUCAAGGCGCGACUCAUCACAUCCAUCAUCUAA